GACAACGACGAGAUGUACUUCUGCGGUAUAUCAGGCGAGGCACCUCAGGACCCGGUCAUCUCUGCAAAGUCUGGUCACGUCUACGAGCGACGCCUCAUCCUCAAAUACAUCACCGAAAAUGGCACAGAGCCGCUCACAGGUGACAAGCUGGAAGAGUCCGACCUGUUGACCAUAAAAGCCAGUCCAAAAGCUGCAGCACCGCGCCCACCAACCGCGACCUCCAUUCCUGCUCUCCUACACACCCUCCAAAACGAAUGGGACGCGCUUGUGCUCGAGACUUUUGGCCUCAGGCAACAGUACAAUAAUACUCGACAGGAACUUAGCUACGCGCUUUAUGCACAGGAUGCUGCUAACCGCGUAAUUGCACGACUCGUUAGAGAACGCGACGCUGCAAGAGAAGCGCUUUCCAAUGUUCAAGCUACCCUUACUGUGACACCCGCCCCUGCAAAUGGUGGAGACGUCGAUAUGGCAGAGGAGGGCGGGGAAGCAGCACCUCAAGAAGGUGUCCUCCCAAAGGAAAUCGUCGACGAGAUCGACAAGACACAGCAGGCCCUCUCCACCACGCGCAAAAAGCGCAAGGUCCCGGCUGGAUACACCUCUGCGGCGGGCGUGAAGACGUUCACAGCAAAACACACUAUUGCCUCUCUGCACUCCCCAUCCCCUGCCGGUAUCAACUCCAUCGCCCUCUCUCGGUUUAAUCUGGGUCGGUUCGUCACGGGCGGGAACGACAAGAUUGUACAACUAUAUGAUAGGGGGACAGAUAAAGUUCUCGCUACUCUCAAAGGGCACACGAAACGCGUUAACCAAGUCGCCUUCCGCGAACGCGAAGGAGAUCCCACGCUCGUGCUCUCCGCAGGCGCGGACAAGAUUGCUAAAAUAUGGGCGCAUGACGAGGCGUCUGGGGAGUACCAGCCUCGCGCAACGAUCCGGACGCAUAAGAGUGAUGUAACAGGCAUCGUUGUCCACCCAACCUCGACGUUCGUUAUGCUUUCAUCCCUCGAUAAGACCUACUCCGCGCACAAUCUCUCAGACUUUGCCCAAGUGUACCACUCGGCGCCGUCUGAGGAUCCUUUCACUGCGCUUGGUGUCCACCCCGAUGGAGCGCUGUUAGCUCUCGGAACGCCAACUUCGAAGAUCCAGAUAUGUGACGUCCGUUCGGGAGAGGUUGCAGCUUGCAUUACACCACCCGAGGCAACUACCGGCCCAUUCACAAUCAAUACCCUGUCCUUCUCUGAAAACGGGUACCAUCUGCUUGCUCCGGACAGUUUGUCCUCCGUUGCGAUCUGGGAUCUCCGGAAGAUGAAAGCGACCCACUCAAUUGCACUAGGCGACUCAUUUAAAGUUAGCAGAGUCGUAUAUGACUGGGGCGCGCAGUAUCUCGGCGUCGCUGGGAACGAAGGCGUUCGGCUGUAUGCUCAUAAGACGUGGGAAGAGCUCAUUCGAUUUGAUGAUCUGGCUGACGUGACGGAUAUCGUGUUUGGCGAAGAAGGGAAAGAAAUCUGGGCGACUAGCGGGAGGGAAGUAAGAAUUUGGGGCGUGCCAGAGUAGGUGUACAUACAUCUGUCCGUAAUUCUUUUCUAUCGUCAUAAGAUUUCUGCCUUGUGCGAUGCGUUUGUAGGGU